UUUUAUUUCACUUCUGGUUUCAUUUCAUUUCCUGUCCUUUAUGCAUGACGUGGCUUCAUUUUUAACCCUUCCAUCACUGAAUUAUUACAGGAACAAAGUGACAAUGGCUCUGUUCACUCUCCUUGCUAGAGCCUCCGACGGGCUCCCUCUCUCUGCCUCCAUUCAAGAUGAUGACCAUUCUGUGGAUUUAUCAGAAUAUCAAACUAGAGCAAAGAAAAUAUUUAGAAGGCUCUCCCCCCAGUCUCCUCCACGCUGCAGCAUCAACAGUGAACCAUUAGUCUUCCAUUAUAUUAUAGAGGGUGGUGUUUGCUACCUGGUUCUCUGUGAGUCCUCUUAUCCUCCUACUCUUGCUUUCGGCUACCUUGAAGAAGUAUGCCAGGCAUUCAGUGAUCAACAUGGCCUUGAAAUAUCAAAAGCAACUCGUCCCUACCACUUCAUUGAGUUUGGAACUGAGAUAGAGAAGAUCAAGCGGACAUUCUCUGAAAGUAACUCGAGAAAGACAAACCAGCUACGAGGACUUAGUCACAACUUACAAGAGGUCCAGCACAUCAUGUUUGAUAAUAUUGAUGCUGUCAUCCAAAGAGGAGAACUUAUACAAAAUUUAAGUGACCAAGCAAACAAGCUUGUUGAUGGCUCCAAGAGAUUUAGAAAAGAAGCAAGAAGGCUUAACCUAAGUACAUCGAUGGCUGCAAAACUGGCCAUAGUUGCAGCGAUUUUCAUAUUCAUUAUAUUCGUACGGUUUUGGUUCUUUUGAUAUGGCAAAAGAGUGUUGGACUACACUCUUGAUAGUGUCCAAUGUCAACGUACAUUAUAUCGAUAGGACUUUAUACUUCGAUUUCCUAUUUCUCCAUCUUUGUAAUGUACACGAAUGAAACGAUUUAACAUUAAUGAAAAAAAUAAUAAUAAUGGUACAUUAUAUAAUAAUCAUAAUUAAACUUGUGUGUAUGUGCUUAACUGU